GCACUCAGAACAUUUAUACUUUUUACUUCCUGUUUCAAUUCAUCAAUUCACAGAAAUGAAUCUGGUCGUGUGUCACGUUUUAUGUUUGGUUUGCAUUGGACACUGUUUGAACGUCACUUUUAUCACCGUCGAACAGAGUUCCACACUUACUAACACCACAGGAGCCUCUAAGGCAGUGGACAACAACCUUAUCUCAGCAGCUCAAAGUAACAAAGGUUCUGAGGAGUUCUGGAUGGGCAAAUUCAACGACACAUACAAAAUCGCAUGGAUAUUCAUCGUCGUGGGCAAAGGAAGUUACAGCAUUUUCAUUAACAAUGGUGCACCUCCUAACACCAAGGACUUAUGUAAUACAAUCACUACGCCAAUUGGUUAUGACAUCGUCAACCAAAAUGCUUCUUGCAUGCGAGAAAUGGAAGGCAACACUUUGACAGUACUAAGAAAUGGCGAUGGUUCCCUAAUUCUGAAUGAAAUCGUCCCAAUUGGGCAUUUUUUCUUAGUAUGUCCAGAAAACAGUCAUGGUUUGUCAUGUAUGCCAUGUCAUCACAACUGUAGAGAUGGGUGUUCCAGACUAGAUGGAACGUGCACUUCCUGCAGGGACAGACACUUCGGCAGAAUGUGUCAAAGAAGUUGUCAUCAUGUCUGUUCCGAUAACACCUGCGAUAGAGAUGAGGGAGAAUGCAAGAGAGAGAAUACGGUGAUCACGAUUUCCUUUUUCCUGUGUCUAUCUUUGAUUGUUGCAAUCACAAUUGGCUGUGUGAUUAAAAGACGGCGAAGAUUAUUUGUACUCUUCAAACAACCGUUGAGGCCUCCUUUAGAAGAUAUUCUUGUAACGUAUUCCACAACCAGUCGUAAUGUGGAUGUUCCGAGCAAUGCAGAGGCACAGAGUCCAGCAUCUCCUCUAAGUGACUGUCCCGUGGAGUACAUUCGCAUGUUUGAUGAUCACAAAACGAUCAAAAUGUCACCCCCUGCUCUUGUCCAGUACUUGAAGGACCGGCGGAAUGAGGAGACUCUCCUGAAAGAGCUAGGGAGUCUCCCAGGAUCAGUAAUGGGUAGAUGUUUUGAGGCAGAGAGGGCUGAAAACAAAGCUAAAAAUAGAUCCUGUACUCUACUUCCAUAUGAUAGAAACCGUGUAGUCCUGAAUCCCAUAGAGGAACUCGAGGGCUUGGGAGAUUACAUCAACGCAAGUUAUCUGUCGGGUUAUCGGAAAGAAAAGGCUUACAUCCUAACAUUAGGACCUUUUACGCCAGACACAGCUUUGGAUUUUUGGAUAAUGGUGUGGCAGACAAAUUGCACGUGUGUGGUGAUGCUAACAGCUCUGCGAGAGGGGGAGAAGAAAAAAUGUUUCCAGUACUGGCCUGACGAAUCUGGAGAUUACGGUCCAUUCUAUGUUCUCAUACAGAACACGAGCAUGUUUGAUGACUACUCACUCAGGAAACUGUUGCUCAGAAAGAAUGGAGAAACAAGAAGACUGGUCCACUUUCAAAUGACGUCAUGGGGAGAAGCCAAACGUCAUAAAAAGAUUGACGCUCUACUUCGGCUCCGGACGCACGUGAAUUCGUUCACAUCUUCAGAAAAUAUCCCGAUAAUCAUUCAUUCCGGACCAGGUGUAAGCAGAAUAGGAACCUACAUAGCCUUAGACUACCUCCUCAAACAGGGCCUCAAAGAGGACAUUGUUGGUAUUACUGACUACGUAGUCAAACUGAGGUCCCAAAGAGCCUUCGUUCUUAAUACCAGAAAAGAACAUCAGUUUCUACUCAGUGCCUUAGUGUCAGGAUUUAAGACGGAGCUUCUUGAACGCCUUGAAGAUGAUAGUGAGGAUGAAAACCCCGAAGAUGUGUACGUCAAUGAACCGAAAGUAGAGGAGCUCUAUUAUGAAGAUGGAGAGGAGGUUGUUCUGUGGAUGAACACUGUUGGUCCCUACCACAACAGACAGGAGACUUAUUCCUACUUCUCCCUGCCAUUCUGUGCAGGACCAAAGGAGAGCAUCGGUCACUACCAUGAGACACUCGGAGAGGCAUUGCAAGGGACAGAACUGGAGUUCAGUGGACUUGACAUUGACUUCAAAGGUGAAGUUAAGAGGACAGAAUAUUGCACAGUGGAGCUGACAAAGGAGAAAUAUCAAGCCUUUGAGUAUGCAGUUAAAAACCACUAUUGGUACCAGAUGUAUAUAGAUGAUUUGCCAAUCUGGGGGAUUGUUGGUGAAAUUAGUGAUAAUAGAGAAGACUUUUACAUCUGGACACAUAAAAAGUUUGACAUUGGUUUCAAUGGCAAACAGAUUGUGGAUGUUAAUCUAACUAGUGAGGCCAAGAAAAAGCUUACCGCUGGUUCCAAGAUCUCUUUUAGUUAUGAGGUGCAUUUUACAACUUCCAGCAUUAAGUAUGAUAAAAGAUUUGACAAGUACUUGGAUCCCAACUUCUUUCAACACAGGAUCCACUGGUUCAGCAUCUUUAACUCGUUUAUGAUGGUCAUUUUCUUGGUGGGCCUGGUCAGUAUGAUUCUAAUGAGGACACUGAGGAAGGACUAUGCCAGAUACAGCAAAGAAGAAGAUCUGGAUGACAUGGAGAAAGACUUGGGCGAUGAGUAUGGGUGGAAACAAGUUCAUGGAGACGUGUUCCGGCCAGCCUCCAACUCGCUGCUCUUCUCUUCUCUGAUUGGCACUGGCUAUCACAUCGCUGUCGUCACAUUGUGUGUUAUCGUUUUCUCCAUACUAGGAGAUCUAUACACUGAGAGAGGAUCCCUCCUGAGUACAGCUAUAUUUGUGUACGCUGCCACAUCCCCAGUUAAUGGAUAUUUUGGAGGCAGCUUGUAUGCAAGAAUGGGAGGGAAGGUAUGGAUCAAGCAGAUGAUGGUGGGAGCUUUCAUGUUACCUGUGGCUGUGUGUGGAACUGCUUUCUUCAUCAACUUCAUUGCCAUCUACUAUCAUGCUUCUAGGGCCAUUCCUUUUGGGACUAUGGUAGCAGUGACCUGUAUUUGUAUAUUCGUUAUCCUGCCCUUGACCUUGGUAGGAACUGUGUUGGGUAGAAAUCUGGCAGGUCAGCCAAACUAUCCUUGUCGUGUGAAUGCAGUACCAAGACCAAUUCCUGAAAAGAAAUGGUUUAUGGAACCAGCUGUGAUAAUUGUUCUGGGAGGAAUUCUUCCAUUUGGAUCUAUAUUUAUUGAAAUGUACUUUAUCUUCACUUCCUUCUGGGCCUACAAGAUUUAUUAUGUGUAUGGCUUCAUGCUGUUAGUGUUCGUAAUCUUAACUAUAGUGACUGUGUGUGUUACCAUUGUGUGUACAUACUUUUUACUAAAUGCGGAGGACUAUCGGUGGCAAUGGACGAGCUUUUCUGCUGCUGCAUCAACAGCAGGAUAUGUGUACCUCUAUUCAUUUUAUUACUUCUUUUUUAAAACAAAAAUGUAUGGUUUUUUCCAAACAACAUUUUACUUUGGUUAUAUGGCGUUGUUCAGCCUUGCUUUGGGGUUAAUGUGCGGGACGUUUGGAUACAUUGGCACAAGCUACUUUGUCAGAAAAAUAUAUUCCACAGUGAAGAUUGAUUAGUGAUGAUUAUGUGGUAUGAACAUCGUGAAGAUCGACUUUGUGAUGAGUGUGUGAUGUCAACACAGUGAAGAUAGACUUGUGAUGAUAGUGUGAUAUUGGUGUGGGAAUGAGGUGGGGACCAUAAAGAAUGCCUAAGAUGUUACUGAACUGUGUGAGAGGUCCAGUUAAUGUGGGUGCCAUGUUGGAUGUAAAUUGUAGUACACAAAAUUUGGAAAAUUUAAAAAUGAACAUCUGAAUCUCUAGUUAUCAUUAAGGUGUCAAAUUAAAUGCGAAACAUCUUGAAUCUACAGUUCUGUGCAUUUAAGUAAACUGGUGUGGUUAUCAUAAGUCAGAAUAUUCUGCUGGGUAUUUCAUUUGUGUUCUUAUUCAUCCUUUAGAUAAUGGUUCUGAAUUGAUUUUAUCAUUAAUAGCACAUUGUGGCAUGUGUUAGCUUAUCAAAUCAUUAUUUGUGCAAAUUUGCUGCCAUUUAAACCCCAUACUUUAGAAUAGUGAUCUUUUAUUAUUUCAAUGUUAUAAUUGUGAUACAUUCAUGUUCCACAAGCAUUCCACGUAUUCCAGCCAGUGUUUCAUUGAUGUCGGAGCAUGCAUACAUUUCAGGUAGACAGCUUAAAUUAGAUACCAGGUACAUUGUAACGGGUCUAGUGCGGGGCUGCUCGGCUUGAAUUAGAUACCUGGUACAAAACAUGUCUGGUGCUGGUAUGCUGUGAUAGUGUAUGUGAAUAUCGAAGUUGUUGACCCAAACAGUAGGCAUAUCAUGUCUCGCAGACUUGUAAGGAAAUUAAAUGUGUUUGAGAUGUGGCAUGUCUGUGCUCUUACAGUUGAGAGUGUAUUUUUGUGAAAGUCCAUUUCAUGUAUGUUAAAACUGUCAUGAAUUACCAUUUAUCUGUAACCAAUGCAAGCAGUGGCGAAUGUUGAUUUUGUGUUUGGUAAAUAUAGUUUACUAAUUUAUUUAUUGUUGUUUCAUGUUAGAUUAGGGUUUAUAUUGCUUGCGUUCAUCAUAGAAAAUCCUUUUGUACAGUUCAUGUAUAUAAAAUCUAAACGUUUUUAAUUCCACUGCAUUAUAUCCUACAAGUAUUUUGUAAAUAUAUUGUAUAUAGUUACUGGGACGUAAUAUAUAUGUGAGGUUUCAUGAAAUGAAACUGACCGUUCCAUCAGAAAUAAAAGAUGGAAGUAUG